AUGGAAUUCCAUGAGGAUGCAUUGAUAGAGAUCCUGACCCGAUUACUAGUUAAAUCAUUGAUUCGAUUCACUUGCGUAUGUAAGUAUUGGCUCUCUCUAAACACAUCCCCUGAAUUUACAACCAAACAUUGUGCUACUCGUUCACAAAACCAUAAGGAAUACGAUUGUUUUUUGACCACAUUUCCCGAAGCUUGUUCCAUCUCCAUAUUUUCUUACGACACCUUAGCCUUUCAAACUGCCUUUAAAUAUAGACCUGUUGUGGUUUACCAACCACCCCACUUGGCCCUGAGUAUAUCUCAUCGCAAUGUUAUUACAGAGUGCAAAAUUUACGGCCCUUGUAAUGGUGUCUUCCUCCUCAGAUUAAUGAAAGUUGUUGACUGUAGUUAUGUGCUAUUGCUGUGGAACCCGGCUACUAGAGAAGUUUUUUAAGUUCCCAACCAAAAUAUUAAUGACUUUUGGAAGUCUGGUUUUGGAUUCAACGAUGUAACCAAUGAUUACAAGGUUAUUUCAUUUGAUGCUCGUUUUCUCAAUUCCAGUGUUCUACAAAUACAAUUGCAUUCCCUUGUUGCUAAUUCUUGGAAGCAGGUUGAUACCACCUUGGACAUUGAGCGUGGUAUGGCGAAGGUGUAUGGUAAUCCUUCAUCCUCGAAUGGUCGAAAGCACCAUUUUGUAUUGAGUGAAUAUCACAAAGGUUCUUCUCUUCUCUCUUUCGACGUGGUUGAUGAGGGGUUUUUGUAUCAUGGCUCCCACCAAAGGUACCCUACCUUGUAUAAGUUGGAUAAGGAUAGAGGACGGAUGCGUAUUUGGGUUCUUGAUGGGUAUGGUCCUGCAGGGUCUUGGAACAAACAACAAUCAAUCUUAUUGCCUCAAGUGAUGAGUUCCAGUAUAGAAGAUAUAUUAUAA